AUGUCUACGAUCAAUUUGUCGGAUUUUAUCAGGGAAAUUUCUGAUAGAAUCGGCAAUUAUACUAAGCCAGAGUCCCUGUCCCAAUGGUGCAAACAAAUUAUGAGCGAGUCAUGGGCUGACAAGUUGAGCUAUGCGGAGCAUAUGAGAAGCAGAGUAGCACAGAAACUCAAAAGAAUUGAGACAUUGGAUGGAUUUUCAUUGAUGGAGAAGCUUCAGUUGGUUUUUAUUUUUAGUAGUCCAGUCAGUGACGAAUUUGUGCAAAUAUUGAGGGAUGCUAAAUUCAAAAUCGAUCGGGACAAAAAGAAAAAGAUCUGCUGGUUCUCCACAGAAGAUGACAGCGUUAUGAGAUUUUCAGAUCACCACUCAUCUGUAAAGUACUUCCAAGGUGUUCUGAAUCUGCAUAGUUUAUUGCGGAAAAAUGUGAAUAACAAAAAGAUGGAACAAGAGAAAGAGCAGAAAGAUGUGGAAAAUGAUAUCCCAAGCCCAGCGGUUCGAAAGAUCAAGGAGGAACCAAUUGAGAAUUUACCAAUUGAACCAAAACAGGAAGAAAAGGGUGCGAAAGUCAAAGAAGAGCCAAUUGGAAAUAUAGCAAUGAAGCAAGAGCCAGAGCAGGAAGUAGAUGAGUUUAUGGCCAUUGAUCGAGAUGUCCGACAUACAGCAUUCAACGGCCGAAUCAAUUAUGAUGAGCUAGAUGAGCAGAAAUUUGUCCAUCCAGGUUUCCCACAAAAUACAAAACUGGAGACGCCCAUCAGACCCCAAAAAAGGCGACAGAGUUCCACCAAAGUCAGCGCAAAGCGUGCGAAAACAGAAGAGAUAGCUUCACCGGCUACAUCAUCGGAGUCUAUUGCUACGUCAUCCAUUAAGAAGAUUGUGAAAGUUGAGACAGCUGAGAAGACUCCUGCCCGGUCAUCUAACAAUUCCGUUCAGUUAACCAAUCCAGAAACUGACACGUCAGUCAUUCCAAAAGAUGAGAAAUCGAUUGGAACCUUUUCCACGUCAUCAAACAUUUCAUCUACUGCUGAAGCCACACCAAAAGUCACGUCAGCCAUUUCAAAUACAGCAGCAAAUACAACAUCGGGUUCUAUUGUUACGUCUUCCAAACAGAAGCUUGUGAAAGUUGAAAAAUCGAAAACGUCAAGAGAAUCGUCUUCUAUUACAUCGAAUUCCACAUCACCUCCUGAUGCUUCAUCUUCGGUAGAAACAACAUUGUAUGCUUCCGCGCAGCCACCGUCUCCAGAAGCUACGUCAACCAAGACGCCUCCAGUUGAGGCGAAAAUUAGUGUGAUUGCUCUGGCGACUCAAAUUGAAACCAUCGCAUCAUACAAUGAAUUGAAGAGUCUUGAAAAGAAAGCUUCUCGAGCAAUCGAGAAGAUGAACGAAAUAGGGGACAAGAAUAUAUCCGUCAAGAAGUUCAAUUUAUUGAUUGGUUCCAUGAUUGUUUCCCUUGAAGAAAACAGAAUUCCUAAUAACAGAACGUCGAUUUCUUUCAUGGUCCUUCUCAAGCAACUGCAUCUAUUCUUGAUCAAACCCCUUGGACCACAAAUUGUGCAUGAGGCAAUGGAAACAGUGGCUGAAAAAACCGAAGAGUUCAAAAAUAAUAAUGACGGGGUACCACCCACCCUACUCUCCGACUGUCUCACCAAUUUAUUGAUUUCCACCGGAUUCUAUAACCAGCUCAAUUAA